CCCAGCGGUGCAAGCGAAAUAACGUAACGUGGUUUGUGCAUCUUUGUGCAACUGUUCCUCCUUUUGAGCCGAUUUCAAAGCGAAAAAGCGGCCGUAAUGAAGCCGCUGAUGCUUCACGGGCACGAGCGUGCCAUCACGCAGAUCAAAUACAACCGCGAGGGCGAUUUGCUCUUCUCGUCGGCCAAGGAUCACUCGCCGAAUGUGUGGUACUCGCUGAACGGCGAACGACUCGGCACCUUCAAUGGCCACUCCGGCGCCGUAUGGACGCUGGACAUCGACUGGCAGACCCGUUUCUUCAUGUCCGGCGCCGCCGACUUCACGCUGCGCAUAUGGGACUGCUCGACCGGCACCCAGCUGGGCAACAUCGUGACCAGGUCGUCGGUGAGGACGUGCGCGUUCAGCUACAGCGGUAACAUGGCCGUCUUCACCACCGACAAAGCUAUGGGUCACCCUUGCGAGAUCUUCGUCGUCGACACGCGCAACAUUGACUCGUCCUUCAGCGAUAACGACCCCAUCAUGCGCAUUCCUAUUUCCGAUUCGAAGGUGACUUCUAUUCUUUGGGGAGCCCUGGACGAGACAAUUCUGACUGGCCACGAGGACGGCACUGUCAAAAUCUGGGACUUGCAGAGUGGAAAGGAACUCGCCAAGGCCAGAGAGCAUACGAAUUCUGUGAACGACAUGCAAAUGAACAAGGAUCAAUCGAUGUUCAUCACCGCGUCCAAGGACAACACGGCUAGACUGUUUGAUGCCAACAACCUGAUGGCCUUGAAGGUUUACAAGACCGAGCGACCUGUCAACAGUGCGGCGAUCUCGCCAAUUCUUGAUCAUGUGGUUUUGGGUGGUGGUCAGGAAGCGAUGGACGUGACGACGACCUCAACCCGUAUCGGAAAAUUCGACUCUCGUUUCUUCCAUCUGGUGUUUGAGGAGGAGUUCGGCCGAGUGAAGGGCCAUUUCGGUCCAAUCAACUCGGUGGCGUUCCACCCUGACGGAAAGAGCUACAGCAGCGGAGGAGAGGACGGCUACGUGCGCGUCCACACGUUUGACCAGUCUUACUACGAGUUCAACUUUGACUAUUAGUGCGACGAGGCGACUCUCUGGACAUUCUUGUGAAAUCUCGGAUUUAGUGACGACGACAAGUGAACAAGGGAAAAUAAAAUGCCAAAAAAACAACAAA